AUGCCUAGCUUACGCUCCGUCCAUAAGUCCUUGGGACGGGAACUGACCACCCCCCACCACGAUGUGAGCACCCAAACUAGUCCGGAUAAAACUUCACUUGAAGUUAUACAAUUAAAAGAAGAACUCCAAUUAUUGCAAAAAAGGGUCGACCGUCUGUUGCAAACCCAUUUGGAAAAGCAGCCUGAUACGGCAACAUCGAGUCCAAAAACAACUAAAAAAUCUGGGAAAGGAUGUGCUUGCAAAGGGAAAUGUAUAAACAAACCUUGCGGUUGUGUGAAAAAAGAGAUUCCUUGUGGGGAAUUUUGCAAAUACAAACUGGCUAAAUGCCAGAACAAGGAAUCGAACAAAGAAAAUAUCGCGAAUCCAAACGUUCAGGCCACGCUGGCUGGGGUGGCAGACCAUGUCUCGAGUAAUUUGUCUGUACUUACGCUCAAAGACAAUCAUCAGACGAGCGUUAUGGGUGGUGCUGUGGGUCCGUCUAAUGAAAACCUCAAGAAUCUUGCAAAGGCAGCAAAGAGUAUUUUUAGUCCAGAUACCUCUACAGCGUAUGAAGAUGAACUUCCGUCAGACAAUGUCAAGUUGAAUGCUACGUUUCAGUUUGGUGAUUCCAAAAAAAAUUUAAGCUAUAGAUCGGACUCAUCACCAGACGAUAGGUUUCACCCCACUCACACCAGAACGAACAACGCAGCGAAGAACCCUGAAAAAAUUUUUGGCAAACCACCAAUUCGAGAAGAUUCUGACGACGAUGUAGAACUUUCAAUUGAUCCAAUGAAGCCGACGCGGCAAUUACCUCGUACGCCCGUCAGCGGAUCACCUCAAAGUUUUCGACUUGAACUAUCUGUUGCAUCUAUUUCUUGUUUGCAAAACGAGACUAAAGAAGAACCAAUACUGCCUCCAGAAGAUUUUAAUGCACCGGUGGUGAAUUUCGAAAAACUAAAGAAGGCUAAAGAAGAACCAAUUAAAAGUCUGCGUUAAAAUAGCCAAGAAAGAUUGAAAUUUAAACUGGGAUUUUUUUUUUAAAUUUAAUUUCACCUUGUUCUGGCAUUUAGCCAGUUUGCAUUUGCAAAAUUCCCCACAAGGAAUCUUUUUUUUUACACAAUCGCAUGUUUUGUACAUGCAGUAAUUUCCUUUACAUGUACAACCUUUCCGAGAUUUUUUAUCAAUUGUUGUGCUCGCUGUUUCCGCAUUCGGCUGCUGUUCCAAAUGUGUUUGCAACUGACAGUCGACCCUUUUUUGCAAUAAUUGGAGUUCUUCUUUUAAUUGUAUAACUUCAAGUGAAGUUUUAUCAGGGCUAGUUUGCGCGCUAGCAUCCUGUGUGCUGUAAUUCAAUUGAAACAUUUCAAGCAUUUAAUGAUAAUCAGUGGUAGAUAGGGCAAUGAUAUACCAUACAUCAAUCAUUGACUGAGGAUAUGUAAAGACUUAUAACCCUGAGACUUUAUUCCGCAACUCUGUUCGCUGCUGUAUAAAGCGUCACUUUACGGAACGAAAACUGCCACAAAAAGUGGACUUUUCAAUGCCCAUGCCGUAAAAAGUAAGUUAUUUGGUAUAUUAUACCAGCCCGAUUCAAUUUCUUUUGAACGGAGGCCAAAUACCUUAUAUUUGGAUUGAUAUUCGCCAUAUUUGCACUCGAGCGCCCUUCCGUUAUUCAAUCUGAACAUAUCUUCCGAAGGAGACAAGUAUUUUACAUGCGCAGUGUUUUUCAGUAAAAUCGCUAUGAACUAAAUAGUGUUAAUUUUUAUUCUAUUCUUUCAAAUAUUCAGCUUCGUCUGAUGGCUUCGUUCGAUCGUAAGACCGAACCCCUUUCAUUAUGAAUAUUAUUUCAACAACGAGUAUUUUCUAGAGCAAGCCUCUGAUUCUUAUUUGGGUUUCCAUGUAUACUCCAACGAGUGGCGACGAAACGAAUUGUACUUACUGUAACUGUCUGCAAAAUAAAAUGAUACAUUGAAAACCACAAUUUCCAAUCUAUAGCUGGUGAUAUGCUAACAUCGGAAUCUUAUCUCAUCGUUAGACAAGGUCAAUGAUUUGUUGGAAGUAGAAGACUCUUGAGGCUUCCGAAAGGUCUUACGACAUUUUCUGUAUCCGUUUUUGACAGAGAUAUCGUAAUUCAAAGACUGCACGUGUCCAAACUUUUUGCAUCGACCUUUGACGCAUUCAUUCGAGCGAUAAACUGUUUAGCAUGAAACCAUCCAUAUAUAAUUGGCGAUAAUUGAUAAGAAUUCGAUUACAAAUAAUCCG